AUGCCUUCUCCAAGCAAAAUUAUUGAACUACAAAAGCUGUUCCAACACUCUUCUAAGCCAUUGUGGUCUAGACAUCCAAGAUCGGCUUUCUACUUGUACCCAUUCUGGGGUUUGUUUACUGUGGCCCUUGUUGCUCCAUUGCUAUACAUUCCAAAUGCUAUCAUGGGUAUUAAGGCUAAGAAGAACUAA